AUGCCCCGCGCAAACCCGCCCACCCAACCGCUAAUUGCCUCCUGCCGGCCUCGAACGACGACCGCGACGACGCUGCGAUGCCGGCAGCAGCGGCUCCUCUCCGCGCGAGCCCUACACACCACGCCCGGGCUCUGCAAGCGCCAGAAGACGCAGGAGCAUGUGCCGACCAGCUUCCAGGACCUGGACGUGCUCGGCAGCGCGCCGGUGCCGUCGACGUCGGUCGACGUCUGCAUGGACGACGGGUUCGGCCUCAACAGCGGCAUCACCAUCACCGACGGCGACGGCGCGCUGCUGGUCGACGGUGAGGCGUUCGCGUGGCGGCCGUGGGAGGCGAUGGACGGCCGGAUGCGCCUGCUCAACGACAAGGGGCAGUUUGACGUGCCGGCGGAGGCGUUUGAUGUGUUUGACAUGCUGUGGCCGCGACCAGAUUUACUCAUCGUUGGCACGGGAAAGAGCAUAGCGCCGCUCAGUCCGGAACUGAAGAGGCACAUCUCGUCGCUGGGGAUGCGCUUGGAGGUCUUGGACACGAGAAAUGCAGCAUCACAGUUUAAUCUACUUGCUACGGAACGUGGGGUGACGGACGUGGCCGCAGUGUUGAUACCCAUCGGGUGGCGUGAGGGUAUCGGUGCUUCCGAGUAA